AUGAGGAUUGAUAACUGGGACGUUACAUUAAGAUACCCGGCCCAGGCUGGGACCUGGACACAAAUGGCCUUCCAAAAGAGAAGUGAUGUGGCAGUGAUAAAGAACAACCCGGAAAACAACGCAAUGCUUUGGAAAGUGAAGCACUUGGUGAAAGUAACUCCGCUAAGAGUUCCGGAAAACUUGCCCGAAGAUGCGGAUCCAGCGUGUUGUUUCAUGAGGGAAACUGGAGAAUUCAUAUACUCUCCCCACAUCAAGGUGGAUGAAAAAGCACUUGAGGAGGAUGAAACAAUAACGGCUACAAAAUGGAACCAGGAGUUUAUUGACAAGGAGACACGGAAGAACUGGCAACACCCCUGGCAAUUAAAGCUUUGUUAGCUGUUAGAAAUUUGCUGAUUCUGAAGUAGUUUGUUUUUAGAAGUAUUCCAUGCAUUAAAAAUAAAGUUAUUUUCAAAUCAUAGAUAAUUUGAAAAGUAAUUGUUUGAGUUUUCAGUAAAAUGAUAUAAUAGGAAGGAUAGCACAGAAUCUUAUAAUCAGAUUUUGAAUUUGUGAUUUGAAGUAUUUACCAUGAAUUGUUGGAUUAUCUUUCCCUCUUCUGUGUAGGUAACAAUGUCAUUUGGUUACAGUCCGUUUAGGCAGUGCUUAGAAUAGGGUGUACUGAUGACAGCCUUCUCCUCCCACACGAAAAAAGUUAUAAAUUCAUCUGACUUCAGUUAUAGUGGGGUAAUUUGAGGUUCUUGGGUUUUAUUUAUUAUUUAACUGAAAUUUGCACUUUAUAUGAAAAAAGAAUGUUCAUUACCAUAUGAAAAAUAUAUGUAAAUAUUGUAAAUUGAAGAUUUCAUAAAUAAACAGCCUUAAAGGAA